AUGGAUGUACAAUCAGCAGCUCACAACAGAGGAGACCUUGCGUUCCAAUCGUCGCAUUCGUCGUCGGCCCAGAGUCCAAGGAGUGGUGGUGGUGGGAGCACAGCAUCGAUGUCGAUGUCAUUACCAAUACGGUUGGAGCCGAGAAUGAACGCCGGAUCCAGCCAUGCUGCCAGUACAGGCUGUGGAAGUACGCCGACGAGGAGAGCUCGGUCGUCGUCGAAGGUGUUUGGGAAGGGGAACCCGUUGGUGUCGACGUCAACGCAGACUGUUGAUCUUCCAAAGAGAGAUCAUUUUGCACAUAUCCUUGUGUUUGUAUCGUUGAACGAGACGUUUGAUAAGAAGACGUUGACGAUUCCACAGUAUCCGCAAGUAUUGAAGUUGGGAAGACCGAACAAUGCUCAAAAGUCUCCCAGUAUGUAUAACGGCUACUUCGAUUCCCGUGUCAUUUCGAGAGAGCAUGCUGAGUUGUACUGGAAGGACGGCAAGGUGUAUCUGAAGGAUUGUCGAAGUGCUAACGGGACCUUCAUCAACGGCCAGAAGAUUGUGGAUGAGGUUGAAUUGCACAAGGCGGACAGUGUUGAUUUGGGAAUCGACAUCGAUAACGAGACCAACAACAAGAAUCAACUCCACAGGAAGAUCAGUUGUAAAGUGGAAACGAUACUCACAGUGCCCUUGGAAUCCACUACUGACUUGGACAGAGUACUGAAGGAGAUCUCAGGAGGCGAAGAUCCCAGUGUACCUCAUAAGUCCAUCGUUGAUAAGAUGGACUCCUUUGAUGCUGCGGUGUUUGGAGACGUGACUCGUGAUCUCGAGGAAGUUGCCCUUGGUGCCAAUCAUGACUUCCUAUCGGGGAUCUUUGUCAACAACAAUAUAGGCACGAGCUCGAACUUGAUCCACUCGAUAAGGCUGUUGAUUGCCCAAUUGCACAAAGAAAAGAUGAACAACUUGAAGUUGGCCAGUAUUCAAGGGUUUUUGGCAGAUUAUGAACGUCAUUUGCACAAAUCCAAAGAAGAUAGUAUUAACUUGGGCACUCUGGAGAAGAAGGUUCAUAAACUGAAGGAUAAAUUGGAGACGUAUCAACGUGAUAAUGUUGAGCUGGGCAAAACGGUGGGUUUGCAAUCAGAUAAACUUGAAGAGCUCAAAUCUUUGGUUCAGGAGAAGGACAUGCGCAUCCAUGAUCUAAAUUCCAUUAAGAAGCGAGAAGUCGAUGUGUAUUUGGAUAGAAUCGAACAAUUGCAAGGGCUAUUGGAUUCCAAGAAUAAGGAGUUAGACGAUGUUAAACAAUCUAUGGGGUUACAGAUUGAUGAACAAACAACUAAAUUGAACCAACUCGAAUUGAGUUUAAAGGAGAAAGACUCCAAGAACAAAUUGCUCCAAGAGGAGUUGAAACUGACUUCUUCACAACAGGUUUGGCAAAGAAGAGUCCUUGGUGAUAUGGUACACCUUGGAAUUACAGUUGGCUCUCUUGUGAUAUUAACAUCUAUUGUUUUGAAGUUCCUUUAA